AUGAACCGUGGAGGAGGCACCAGAGAAAUAUCGUUCGGAUUGAGACUCGAAUUUGAGAAAAUGCAGAGCAAGUUCAAGAUGAGUCAGGAGAAGAGGGUUGGGGAUCGCGAGGGCGUGGCUGAGGGGUUUACGGCUCUAGGUGGUGAGACUGGGGAGGUGCUUUCGAAGCUGAUCAAGGAGCGAGGAGUUUCGCACGAUGCGAGGACUCGAGAGUGA